AUGGUUCGUAUUUCUGUUGAAAAACAAGCACGAAUUUAUGGUCUUGCCCAAGAAGGUUUUCCUUCCCAUUACAUUGCCAAAAAAGAAAAUGUUUCUCAGUCUUCAGUAGUUAGAAUAUGCAAUAAAGCAGAAGAAACUGGAACUGAAGUAAUUCAAAAGGUUUGGGUCGAGAUGGAUAUGGGGUACAUUAACAAGCUUAUUGAAAGUAUGCCUCAAUGUAUAAAUGAUGUUUAUAAAGCAAGGAGGGGUUAUACAGAAUGGUAG